AUGGCUCUUUCCAAAGAAGCAAUAACCUCAAGUUCCUUCUUCAUACCCUCCGCGUUAAACGGGUUGUCAAGAGCCGUCAAAGACAAACCAAUAUUCAUUAUGCACCCCGAAAAUGAUCGAAUCACCAUCGCUUUCCAACUCCUUAGAGACCUCAGUGCCAAUGUGAGGCACCUCUGUAGUUACCCCAACUGCCAGACGAGUUACGAGUUGUUGAAGGAACUGAUAAUGGGAUUCCAGGAUCUAGCUCUGGCUGAUGGAGCUGGACCGGCUAUGAUUAUUGGUGAUACUCAAGUUGCUGAGCUUUUAAUCCGUGAGGGUCUUAACGCUGAAGACAUGUAUGAUAGGACAAGAAUUUUACCAGAUCCUUCAGCAGCUGACAAUGUCCAGUCCAGGAUUGUUCUAAGCACAGUAAGGGAUGCUUUGCAGACCGAUCCUAAAUGUUUCAGUAGGAUAAGUGACAGUCACCCUGCAAUGAUUGCUGCAGAUUCCGAUUCUCUUUUCCUGUCGGCUGUGCUAGCCAGAAAGGAGUUCUACUCAGGUCACAAUGACCCGACCACUAUCACAGACGACCCCCAGGACAGAACUUUGGAUGAGGAAGAAAAAGUGAGAGGAAGGAAAUGGGCUGCGGAAUUUGUUGUUCCAAAGAAGAUAACUUUGGAUGGGGAACUAAAAGUAAGAGGAAGGAAAUGGGCUGCGGAAUUUGUUGUUCCAAAGGUGUCGGCCUACCCCAUUUCUGAUAUUCUUCUUUGUUACAGACACCGAAGUUGCAGUAAAGAGAAGAUCCGACGACUGCUGACGGCUACCGUAGAGGAGAAGUUGGAAGCAAGAAUGGAGAGGGAGGGUUUUGAGAGAACAAGAACCAAAGAGUCGCACAAGAAUGUGUCUAUCGAGGCUCAGGUCCCUAAGUUGAGCUGUUACCGCUACGCUUUUCCUUAUAUACUCCUUAAAGCCAUCAAUUGGGUCAUUGCUGGGAAGAAAUUUUUGGUGUGGGAUUAUGGCGAUGAAGGCAAAAGGUGCACUCAUGCGCUAAUGCAAGCGGGAGCUGAUGUGGCAGUAUAUGAGGAUGGCCACGUCCACUGGGGAACGGAGGGACCUGUUCUGAAGCUUGAGGAGGCUUUGCCUAAGAUCGACGUUUUUGUUUACACUGCUGAUAAUGAUGAGGAUAAUAAGAUCAUGCUUGAACAUGUAAGAAACAUGAAAAAGCUUGUUGUUCUGGCCAACAUAGAGGGCUCAGAUAGAGGAAUCGAUAUGGAAGGACUUCUGAGUUGUCCUGGCGUGAGGCGCGGAAUGAUGAUAAGUGGGAUUGAUAUACUUGACUUCCCAUAUAAUGAAAGAAGAAUAAUCGUGGUAGGUCAGGGAAAUCCCAUGAAACUGGCUUGGGUACCUCGUCACCAUCUUUUUGAUUCCCUUUCUGACAGUAAUCACUCUUUCCUUUCUUUUGUGGACUUUAGAGACGGGUCGACCCGAGUACAGGCAGCCAAUAAUGAUGGAGUCGACAAAAACCUUGCUCCAGCCAAUGAUGAUGAUGACAAGAUGGGGUUGUUCAUGGUUCCUUGGCUGAUAAUAUAG